CGCGGCAGAUACACAGCUCAAUCGGUGGAAUUUGGGAAACUUCAAGUUAAGAGGUCAUUUCUUCUACGCAACUUUGGAAAUAUUUUAUUUAAGAGUUAAAUACACACACUAAAGUAAAAUGAUUUCUUUCAGAGUAGUUUUUAUUAUUUUACCAGAAAACUUGGAAUAUAACGUUGACUUUUGACUGGGUCUGAUUUGGACUUACCGAAGCGCUCAGAAGUACAUUUACAGCCGGGCUGUCAACUUGAUGUAGAAUUUUCAGAACCAGAAAUAAUGAAUAGGCGUACCAAUUUUACAAAAAUAAAUAUUGGAUACUAUUGCAUAAUGCGUAAAUGAUUUUAUAUUACUUUUAAAGGAGCUACUUAAGCUUCUUUCAGUGAGAACAAGGAGCGCAUUUGAAGAGUGUUUUACGCGCAAAAGAUUGACAAUAUAUUGGACAUAGGAUAUUAUUGAAACGGCAGGUCAGAGACAAUCUGACUAAAAACUGGACAUACAAUGACAAGCUGUUGGUUUGCCUUUGUGGGGUUGUGGUGGAGCGCCUAUUGCAUGUUCCUUAUUGCAGGUAGUAAUUAUUUAUUCGAUGGGAACAACGAGGUGCACCCGAGUUUCAUUCACCGGCGGUUGCGGACACACGAAAAGAGAGAGAUGCAGAAGGAGAUCCUCUCCAUCCUUGGACUUCCACACAGACCCAGACCUCAUCUGUCACAUGGAAAGUACAACUCCGCUCCGCUCUUCAUGCUGGAUCUUUACAAUACGAUAUCAAACGAGGAGAAAAACGAAGUGGAGGGCAUGUUGGAAGAGUACCAGUCCUUGUACACCACCCAAGGUCCCCGUUUACCAAAACAUCAGGAGAAUGCCUUCCUAAAUGACGCCGACAUGGUAAUGAGCUUUGUCAAUCUGGUGGAGUAUGACAGAGAGCUGUCGCCUCACAGAAUGCACCACAAAGAGUUCAAGUUCAACCUGUCCCAGAUCCCCGAGGGUGAGGCCGUCACCGCCUCCGAGUUACGCCUCUACAAGGAGUGUGCGAACCAAGUCGUCAUCAACGAGACCCUCCUGCUCAGCGUCUACCAAGUGGUGCAGGAGCACCCCAACAGGGAGGCGGACCUGUUCUUGCUGGAGUCUCGCAGGCUGUGGGCAGCCGAGGAGGGCUGGCUGGAGUUUGACAUCCUGGCCACCAGUAACUUGUGGGUGAUGAGUCCUCACUACAACCUGGGCCUCCAGAUCAGAGUGGAGACCAGCAGCGGGCGGAGCAUCAGCUCCAAGGAGGCGGGCCUAGUGGGGCGUGACGGAGGGCUGGAGAAGCAACCCUUCAUGGUGGCCUUCUUUAAAGUCAGUGAGAUGCACAUCCGCACCGCCCGCUCCACCAACAAGAACCGCAACAAGAACCGCAACCGCCCCACGCAGCCCCAGGAAGGAGGCUCCAGGGGCCCCAGCCCAGCAGAUUUCAACAGCAGUGACCAUAACACAGCCUGUAGGAGACAUGAGCUCUACGUCAGCUUCCGGGAGCUGGGCUGGCAGGACUGGAUCAUUGCACCUGAGGGCUACGCUGCCAACUACUGUGGUGGAGAGUGUGUCUUCCCCCUCAACGCCCAUAUGAACGCCACCAACCAUGCCAUUGUGCAGACACUGGUCCACCUCAUGAACCCGGAGAAUGUGCCCAAGCCCUGCUGCGCCCCCACCAAGCUGCACGCCAUCUCUGUGCUCUACUUCGACGACAACUCCAACGUCAUCUUGAAGAAGUACAAGAACAUGGUGGUCAGGGCCUGUGGUUGCCACUGACAACCGCCAUGUCGUCAUGGUCACCUGACCGCGGCGCGGGCUGCAGCGGAGACGGAGACACGACAUCCUGCGUCUGCCUGUAUGUCAGUGUGUGUACUACCCGCUCUCAUACUCAGGGUGAGGGAGGAACUGAUAAAGGACCAGACCAAUGUGCUGCUUUCCACUCUCUCUCUCAUCUAAGUGAUGUUCAAAUUCUCCGACGGCUACUUGCUCCAUUACAGCAAAACAACUCGAAGACGUAGGGGAAUUGACUCAAUGUUAUCUCAGCGCGGGUAGCCAAUCCCGUCAGAUGUAGUGGAAUGACACAGAAAACAUGUAGAAAUGGGGGAGACAGCAUUAGCCCAACUACAGUGCAUUUGGAAAGUAUUCAGACGCCUCAACUUUUUCCACAUUUUGUUAACUUACAGCCUUAUUCUAAAUUCGUUUUUUUUUAAUAUAUCUAAUCUACACACAAUACCCCAUAAUGAAGUGAAAACAAGUUUUUAGAAAUGUUUGCAAAUUUAUUACAAGUAAAAAACAAAUACCCUAUUUACAUAAGUAUUCAGAAAUUGAGUUCAGGUGCAUCCUGUUUCCAUUGAUCAUCAUUGAGAUGUUUCUACAACUUGAUUGAAGUCCACCUGUGGUAGAUUGGACAUGAUUUGGAAAGGCACACACCUGUCUAUAUAAGAUCCCACAGUUGACAGUGCAUGUCAGAGCAACAACCAAGCCAUAAGGUCACUCUGACAGAGUUCCGGAGUUACUCUAUGGAGAUGGGAGAACCUUCCAGAGGGACGACCAUCUCUGCAGCACUCCACCAAUCAGGCCUUCAUGGUGGUGGCCAGACGGAUGCCACUUCUCAGUAAAAGGCACAUGACAGCCCUCUUGGAGUUUGCAAAAAGGCACCUAAAGGAAUCUCAGACCAUGAAAAACAAGAUUCUCUGGUCUAAUGAAACCAAGAUUGAACUCUUUGGCCUGAAUGCCAAGCGUCACUUCUGUAGGAAACCUGGCUCCAUCCCUAUGGUGAAGCAUGGCGGUGGCAGCAUCCUGCUGUGGGGAUGUUUUUCAGCGACAGGGACUGGGAAACUAGUCAGGAUCGAGGGAAAGAUAAACAGAGCAAAGAGAGAUCCUUGAUGAAAACCUGCUCCAGAGCGCUCAGGACCUCAGACUGGGGCGAAGGUUCACCUUCCAAAAGAACAACAACAAUAAGCACACAGCCAAGACAACAUAGGACAAGUUUCAAUGUCCUUGAGAGGCCCAGCCAGAGCCCGGACUUGAACCUGAUCUAACAUCUUUGGAGACCUGAAAUUAGCUAUAAAUGUGAUAUUUCAGUUUUUGCUUUGCCAUUAUGGGGUAUUGUGUGUAGAUGGACGAGGAAAAGAAAACAUCCAUUUUAGAAUAAGGCUGUAAUGUAACAAAAUGUGGAAAAAGUCAAUGGGUCUGAAUACUUCCCCAUUGCAUUGUAUGAAUAAAAUAUACUGUCUGACUAACCAAAGCCUGAUUUUAUCAUCAACAAUCUGCUGAUAUUGUAAUAUUUAUGUCACGUUAGUUAAUGUAAAAAGAUAUUUCCUACUUGUUAUGUAUUGUACUCGUAAGCUUUUCCGCCAUAUUCACCUGGCUUCCAAAAAUAUAAUACGGGCCGAACGGAAACGACCACAUACUCUUUUAGUUGUGAUAUCUUCAUUUGGUCAAUAUUUGCCAGGCUCACGCGGAGUUCAUUUCACUGGACUGGUUCAUCAGGUAGCAGGUUGUGGCUCAACUGACGUACCGCUCCAAAGACGGCUUCCACCUCAUCCCUCGGACAUACCGCAAACUGUUACUCCAAUCGAACUUAACAUAUUAUUCCCAAAAACCUGCACAGAGUAGAAAAGCUAUUUGUUGGUCAAACCAGCUGAUCAAAUGUUUAGGACCAAUUUUCUGAAAUUAGCUUCGGUGUGAUUUUUUUUGACCAUUUGUCAUUGAUGUAGAAAUAGGAAGUGUCAAUGUAUUCACAGAACUUUGUGCGAGUACAAACAUUCAAAACAUGCUAAGACAUUGACAUAUGGGUUUAUAAACAGAACAGUUGACUAUAGCUGAAAAUUGGAUACCCUUUGUACCAAAAGAAAAUCCAAAAAUCACAAAAUAUACCUCUGGUAAGCUGCUGUUUACAUUUGUGAUCAUGUUUAGACUUACUUUUGUGUGUAAAUACUUGUACAUUUUCAGCUUAUUUAUUGCACCUCUUAAAAUGUCAUGCCAUAUUACAGAGAAAUGUGAACAAAUGAAAAAUACUAUUUUUGGAAAAAGACAUUUUAUUACAAAAUCUCAUGUUACAACUUGCUUUUUGUUUACAAAAUACAUGGGCAGUGUACAACCCACUCACGAGAGAAAAACAAACAGCUUUCCUUCACUGGAGUCUGCCUAGACCAUGUGCUAUCCAUAAAGAUUGUACUAACAAUAUGUGGUUAGCCUCUGAA